GAAAGAAACAAAAACAGAGAUCCCUGCUGAUUGAUCUGGGGGGAACCACGAUGAAGAACGCUUGUGUUCCCUGGGUGUCCUCUCUUGCUACUGUCUUUUUUCUUCUGCUAACUCCUGAAGGUGACUGUGAAAGAAUCAUUGGAGGAGACACAGUCGUUCCUCACUCCAGACCAUACAUGGUUCUACUUAAACUGAAUUCACAAAGCAUCUGCUGUGGCGCUUUGAUUGCAAAGGACUGGGUGUUGACCGCUGCCCAUUGCAUACUGGAAAAGAAAUCUGAGGUCAUUCUUGGGGCUCACUCAAUAAAGAAAGAGCCAGAACAACAGAUAUUAUCUGUUAAGAAAGCAUAUCCCUAUCCAUGCUAUGACAACUAUACACAUGAGGGUGAUCUACAACUUCUACGGCUAAAAAAGAAAGCAACAAUUAACAGAAAUGUGGCUAUCCUUCACCUACCUAAAAACGGAGAUGAUGUGAAACCAGGAACCAGAUGCCAAGUAGCAGGAUGGGGGAAGUUUCACAAUAAGUCACCUGCCUCUGAUACUCUGAGAGAAGUCAACAUCACUGUCAUAGACAGAAAAAUCUGCAACGAUCAAAAACACUAUAAUUUUAACCCUGUGAUUGGACUAAAUAUGAUUUGUGCAGGAAACCUCCGUGGUGGAAAGGACUCGUGCGAAGGGGAUUCUGGAAGCCCUCUGCUAUGUGAGGGUAUCUUCCGAGGCAUCACAGCUUUUGGUCUUCCGAAGAAGUGUGGAGAUCCCCGAGGGCCUGGCAUCUAUACUUUCCUCUCAGACAAACACCUCAAAUGGAUAAAAAAGACGGCGAAGGGCGCUGUGUAAAUGUGUGACUGUCACUCCACCCACUGUCACUUCUGUGUCUGAGCACAAAUAAAAUCAACUUGAACGGCUGCA